CUUUGAAUCCUUGGCGAAUGGCUUAGACAGCGGAAACUCUCAGUAACACGACGGAUCGAACCAUCCUUAUAGAAUAAGAAGGUCUCGGCUCCUUACUCGUCUGUCGUUUCCUUUCUCUAUCCCAUCUCUCCACCUACUUUCUAUCACAUUGUAGCGUUAUAGAUCACAAGUGCAAAGGCUAUAAAAUGCAUUUCUCCACGUUGAUCGCUGCUUCCGCCACUGCCCUAGCCGCACGUGCCAGCGCCCAAAUCAACCCCAGCCCAAACGCCACGAUAGCACGCGUCCAACUAUACGGCGACUCGGGAUGUACCAAUGAGACCAACAAAAUCACGCAGACGGCGCUCUUCGGUGGCAUCGGCCUCUGCUACUUUUUGCACUUCUACCCCGCCCCCUUGGAUACCGUGGCGAUCAAGAUUGACUACACUGAUGUCGGCACUCUAAACAAUUGCGCUUUCUUUGCAUUCACAGACGUCGGUUGCAGAGAAAACCCCACUGUUAUAGACAAUACCGACUCUGGUGUUUGCAAAAGUAUCUCGGACAUAUCAAACGAUGCUUCUUCGCUUUGGCAGACGGGCGCGCUCAUCUGCGCUUAGAUCCGAUAGAUGGGAGCUAGUCGAGACCAAUUGACUAGGCCUGCUGAGCCGGUUCAUUACCUAGGGGCACGCUGUAAGACCCUCCAAAAGUACCUGCUACAAAUGAUUAUUGCGAGUUAAUCCCAAAGCUCUAUCCUUCAAGUCGAAUCUGACUUCGUCACUGUGAAAAUUUCAACGUGUUUCUAGUGAUAUAUG